UUUUCAACAAAUAAGAUUAUCUUCUGAUAUUGGAUUCGUUUAAUUGAUUUUAUCAAUAUUCAAUGAAUAUUUUUUUUCUCAAAAAUUUUCAAAAUCGAAUUAACAAAAAAAAAACGAAGGAAAAUAUCUUGUCGAAGAUUUUAAUUUUUAUUCAAACAAAUAUUAUUAUAGAAUAAACCAAAGGCAUUUUAUUUGUCUUAGUUAACGAAUUAAAACAAAUCUUUAUUAAUAUAAUAUCAAUUUAAUUCUUGAAAUAUUUCGUUUAAAAAAAAAACAUUUUUUUUCUAAAAAGUUGAAUAGAAUUUUAGAAAACAAAAAUUUUUUAAUUUAUCAUUUGAAUUAACUUUCAUAAUGAAAAUAAAUCAUAGAAAUUAAUAGGAUAAAAAGAAAAAAAAACAGACGAUGUUGUUGUUUAGAAUAAAUUGACAAUAAAUCGAAGUAAAUCAGAUGGAAUUGUUGAAAAUAAUGAUAAAAAACAUAUUAAAUUAAGUCCAUAUACAAUGUUUUAUCGUAAAUUGUAUGAAUAUGUCUUAUCUCGUCUUGAUCUUAUUUGUUGUCGUUUAUAUGGAUCUCAAUCAAAUAAAUUUGAAAGAAUCAUUUGGAAUUUAUUUGAAAAUUAUACUCAGUUAUUAUUUCGUUCACGAUUAAUUCAAGUAUAUAAAUCAAUGCCUAAUUCGAAAUUAAAAACGGUUCGAGAUAAAAAUUCAUGUUUAACACCAUCAAAACCUGCUGGAACAAUUAAUUUAAUUGAUGGAUAUAUAAUUGGUGAUAUAACUAGUUUUUAUAAAGAAAUAUUUCUUAACAUUCCGAAUCUAGAUAAAAAUUUAAAAGAAAAUCGAUUAAUUGAUCUUCCUUAUAGUAAUAAAAUAUUUGAAAAUAUUAUAUCAGGAUAUGUUAACGUAAAUAUAUCUUCAAUUAAUUAUUCAUUAAAUAAAAUUCAAACAAAUUCAACACCGAAUGUUUUAUCAUCAUCGAUUCAAGUAGGUAACCUUUUGUUCUUUUCUUUGUUUUUUUAUUUUAUUAUUGAUUAUUUAUUGUCAAUUGUAUAA